CCUGAACUCCAACUCCGGGAAACUUUCCUUUUGCAACAACAACAACACACGGGCGGGAAUCGCGGGCAGGGGAAUUGCGCCUCGCGUUUCCAUCUUCCUCCUCAUAUCCAUCUGCCAAAUCAUCCUUUUGCGCCUUCCUCUUCCCAGCCUUACAAUCGAUUAUCUCCAUAUUGGAGAAUGACUCUACAACCCAGAUUUCCACCCUCCGGUUCAAUGUCGGCAACAGCGCUCCGACUACCUGUCCACCUCAACGGGUACCGUCCUUGAACAGAAAUCCCAGCCGACAUCGCCGGACUUAGCCCCGUCGCCAGCAAGCCAGAUCAUCGUCUCCACGUCUAUUCGUUGUCUGUGGGAUCGGAUGCCCAUUGCGAUUCGUGGCCCGAGGCUUUCAAUCUUUGACAUGACGAACCAGUCUAUCGAAACCCAAGAUGGCGUCGCAACUUACCCCCAGGUUUGUGCCCAGCCCGCUUGCCUAUUGCUCGACACUUCUUCCAAAGCACACAACCUGUCGCCAGGCGACUCCAACACGCGCCUAUAACGCCAAGUUUUUCUCUAGGAAGCGCCGAUGAAGUCCAACUGGUCACUGUUUUCCAACCCUUCCUUCAACUACGAUGACUCCGGGUCCAGGUCCAAUACCCAUCCGGACUUCUCUGGUGUCUAUAAGACUGUCGAUCGCGAUGGCAAUGGGAUGGGUCAAGAAACAUAUCCUUAUACGCAACAUGAGUUAGGACAUAAAGGCCAAACGCUGUAUUCUACCAGCAAUCGCGCCAAUCCACCGCUCGACAUGUCCCGCAUGAAAGUAUACCCAGUAAACUUUGCAACCUCGGAACAAUCAAUACCUGGAGGAUCCUACUAUGAGUGGUUCCCGAAUAACUCGCUUUCGGAAGUCAACUCCAUGGAGGGCUUAGGAAGCGCUCAGGACACUGCCAUGAUGUAUGGCGGAUAUCAAGGGCCAAUGUUCAACACCAUGAACCUCGAUAACAAUAACAACAACGCCCUACACUUCACAGCAUCGCCGCACGGUGCCUUCAUCAACAACAAUACUUGUGCCGUUCAUGGAACGCAUUCCCCUAUAUUUGUGGGUAUCCCGGACUAUGGUCAUGCCGAUGUCUAUGCGCAACCCCCCGACUAUGGCCUCAAUUUUAACCUUGCGCUCAACCCGGCUUCGGCAAUACGGUCGAGCACGAUGCCCAACACCACACCUCUGCUGACUCCACCCAUCACCACCGCCGCCACCCCCAUGACGAUAGCCGACAAUGACCAUAACUAUGGCCACGGCCACGACAGUGACUACAACUACGACACAAAUUACGAUACCCCAGCCCCAAAGCUUCCAGGACAAGAAGCAAGCGCAAGCGCAAGAAGACGCAGAGAGAAAAGCCAAGGACGGGUCUACAGGACUUCCUACGAUAACCAUCCCUCCCACCGCUACACCUGCCACCCUUGCCGUUUCUCCACGGAUGUCAAGCGGGACUUUGCUCGUCAUAGAGAGACCAAGAAGCACAAGACAAAAUCCCAAUAGGAGGAACAAGAGGAGGAUAUGGACAGACUCGGACGCAGCAUCGCUAUGGGAAGGCAAGGGAGAUGAAUGGAAUACGGCGGAUGCGAUGAAUAGUAGGGGGGUUAGUCUACACAGUUCAGUCUGCUCACCUACCGCAGAGGUACCGUACGUUCAAGGGCCCGGGGUUUCGAUCCAAGUGUUGCGGCACGCACCACUGCAGUUGAGGUACCGAGACUUUCGAGUAUUAGGAUAGUUUGUUUCGUUGCGCUAGUUUGCUCAUUGCGCGGGGAGGCGUUAUUUUUCCGUAAGGUCCUUUUCUCCCUCCUCCAGUUGUUUGUUUUGGCUUUUCUUGUUCUUUUCGCGACGUGGUUGGUCUUUGCAGCAGGUGGAAAUAAUGUCUAAAAUAUCAGUCAGCAGUUCAUUUGGCCCAUAAUAGGGCGCUUGUUUCAGGAAAC